CCAGAAUUCCCGUUGCCAGCGCCGCCAUUGCGAAGCGGAAGACGCAUAUUUUGUUUUUUAGAACAAAGAAUCGAUUCAAGAUUUCUACGUUCCAAAUACCCCCUUCCUGUUAAUUCAAAAGGCCGUUCUUUAAGAAAAAGCUUUCACGAUGAGCGUUGCUAGCGCCGAAAGAAAGUCGAAAAAGAAGGGUGGUGGACUCUCUGGUCUUCUUCGAAAAGAGAAAGAACCAGUGACUGAAGAAGAAUUGUUGCGAAAGGAAGUUAUAACACCAGAUGAUGUUCAUCGUCUGUCAGGUUCAAUGGAAAACUACCUAUGUCCUCCAGAAGCAAACAUCUAUGGCAUUGACUUUACUCGUUUUAAACUGCGAGACAUGGAUAGUCAGACUGUCCUGUUUGAAGUUGCCAAACCACCUGUGCCUGAGGGUGGUGAGGAGUUUGAUUCAGAUGACAUGGACCCGAAUGCUGGCAGAUUUGUCCGCUAUCAGUUUACUCCAGAGUUUCUCAAGCUGAAGACUGUUGGUGCAACUGUGGAGUUUGUUGUUGGGGAGCAGCCAGUGAACAAGUUCAGGAUGAUUGAGAAACAUUACUUCAAGGACAAAAUGCUGAAGUGUUUUGACUUCGAGUUUGGCUUCUGUAUACCCCAUAGCAGAAACACCGUGGAACACAUAUACGAAUUCCCACAACUAGAUGCUGAUGAAAUCCGGGAGAUGAUAGAAAGUCCAUAUGAGACCCGAUCUGACAGUUUUUAUUUUGUUGAAGACAAGCUGAUCAUGCAUAAUAAAGCUGACUAUGCAUACAAUGGAGGCACUUGAGCCAUCUGUGAAUACAAACUCACUUUAUAGUUUGAAUUAUGGGUUAUAUGUGUAAUAGUGAUCAUAUGCGUGUGAACUAUUGAAUGUUGCAUUCCACAGAUCAGAAUUUCUUAGCAAGAAAUUAAAAUAUAGUAAUUCUGCCACAUUUAGCAUGUUUGUGUCAAAAGGCAAGACAUUUUAAUUAAAUCAGAACAGGUUUCUUGCAUCAGUUGAACUGAUGUUUUUAUCAUAUGAACAUUUAUAGUAUGGUGUUGUUGAAUGCAUGUAUUUAUAAAGUAUACUCAUUUAUUUGUCUCAGAAAUUCAUGGUUUUUAAUGCUCAUCAUUUUUAGACCAUGUUUAUUUCUGCUGUCCUGAAAAACAAAAAGUAGUCACAAACUGAAUGAAAAAAGUCAAUUUGCUCCACAAGUAACUGCAUUUUGCAUGUUUAGCAAGGUCUGGUUAUUUGUGUCAGUCUGUUAAAAUAAACUUGACAUUCCUAAUGACUGAGGUGUUAAGCAUUGUCUAGCAAGUGGUUUUCAGUACUUCUUGUUGUAGUUUUACAAAUUGAUGUCAGGGACCAUUCAUUAUGAACAUUCCUUGGAGUAUAUUGAUCCUUCUAGAGGAUGAGCAUAUUUAUAGAUUUGCAAACUUUUGAUCCUAUAUAGGUGAGGGGGGAAGUUUAUUGCACAAGUUUUAAUGUUGUUGUUUUUUUCUUUUCCUAUGGUCAUUGUUAUUUAGAAACAUUCACUCUUGUUGGUACAUGUUGAACAGUGUUAAAGGGCUUUGGAGUAGUUGUCGACAAAUACCCAAAGUGUUUUCAUAUUGUGUGAAUUACAUUUAAAUAUAUUCUUCACAAUGAAAGCUCAGCAAAUAGUUUGUAUUUUGUGCCAUUCUUAUUUAGUGGUGUAAUAUAAAGAUGUUCUGUUCAUAUAACCAACUGUUGUAUUCUUCAUUGAAUGCUCCUACAUUAAAUCCAUGACAUUGAGAUAUUUUGAAUGUAUAUAUACUGUUUUCAAAAAAAUCAGACUCAAUAUUUACAAUAAAAUGAAUGUCUUAACAAGUCAGCUAGUUCAGAUUUUUAAAUGUUGUCAGAAUCUUUCUAAAUGAAAAUCCAGCAUAAUCAAGGGGGCUUUGCAUUGUUUGAAAUAUAUUAUGUUAAUUCCCAAUUAUAGAUAUUUUGUCUAUAUUUUCACAAAUCUAAGGGCCCUGGCACCAUACGCAAAAAGGUGGAAAAGAACACUAUAUUUACUUUAUAUGAGGAACUAAUGAAUCAGCUGUGAUAAAAAAAUGUUUUUUGAUGUGCACCAGAAUAUUAAAUGUAGAAUUUAUAUUUUUAUCCAUCAUUUGCAUGUAAUCACCUUUUGAAUGAUUUCACAAUGUAAAUUUUGAGGAAUGAAGCAUUGAGAAUCAAUUUCGUAUAUCUGGUAUGUAGUAAAGUCCGAUACAUAAACAUAAUGUUAUUGCUGCCUAGUCUGUCUAUACAAGUGUGUAUUAUUUUUGUAUCUCAAAGGGAUUGUGCGUAGAUAAUAAUAAUGUUAAAGAUAUGACCAAAUAAUGUUACGGGUACAACCUUGCUUUUUUCAAUUCAAUUUUUAUUCAAUUUAUUAUAUAAAAAAAUCCAUAAACACGACCCUUUUACUAAUACCAAUAACACAUUUGGGUGACCACACAUCAAGGUUAAGGCUGAAGCUAUGUGGUCAAUGGUUCUGUAAAGCAUUGAACUAGCUAACUUUAAACUGAAUGCUUUUAAAAUGCAAACAACAAAAGCCUAAAUUAGACCACUAUUAAGCUUUAUUGUAUAUAAAGAUUUUGUGUGUAUACUUUAAAAGGUAAUUUGCAUUUUAAUAUGUUGUUAUUUCUUAAUUAUGAAUUUUGCUGUUUUGUAUCUUUCCCAUCUUUAAAAAUGGAGUGAAAUCAGCAAUUCAUAGCAAAUAUUUGUGUGUGCUUAAAACUACAGUACAUAUUUUACCACAACUAAGAGUUAACAAUUCUGCUUGCAUGUAAAUUUUAUUUCCUACCUUACUUACGAGAUUUACAAACCUCCACUUACUUUGUGGGUUGUGAUUUGAUUUCAUGUGUGCCUUCAUUGUUGUCCUGUAACCAUUGUACGUUCCUUGUUUGUGAUUAUGUUUUGUAAGCAAACUGUGUAAGCUAUCACAGUUUAUUGUUGUCCAGAGUAUGUAAUAUUAUAAGAUAAUGCUUUAAUGAUGUAUACAAAAAUCCUAUUAUAUCCAUUGCAUAAAUAAUUUUAAAUACACUGUUUUGGUAGGAUUUUGUAAUAUUUUUAACAGCAUUUUGAUAACAAUUUAUGAACCAAAAACAUUAACUACUUAUCUCAUAUUGCGUAGUUAAAGUUUUGAAAAUACUAGCAUUUAUGUGCAAAUUAAAAAAAACAUAUCAUGAUGUGUAAAAUGCUUCACUUCUUAAUAUGAUGCAUGAUUUCUGUUGAUACAUGAAUGUGCAUUGAAUAAACAAAUGUAUGUAAGGUACAUGUAUUUCUGCAAAUUAUGAACGCUUAAAGGCAUUCAUGAUUAAUCGGGUCAGACAACUAAGAAAAAAUUAUUUUGUAAAAUUUGAACACAUUUCAAUGUCUAUAUAUUUGACCAAAAAGCACUCUUAUUUUGCCAUAAAAGCAUAAGUAACGAUAUUAAAAAUUUGAAUUAUUUUAGGCUUGGAUUUGCAAAUACUAUUGCAAAUUAUUAUCUGCCAGCUGCUGUAUAGUGUCCAUUCAUGAAAUUCAGUUAAAUAACUAGAUUUCAUGGAGAAAGGUUGCAUACAAUCUUUGAAUGAGUCCCUUUUUAAAGCAUUUAUGUCCUGGACACACAAGCUGAUUCUUUGGCAAAACAAAAUAUAUAAAUUUAAAAAUUCAACAAUGACCACAUUUGAAUGACUGUAAUGAAUGUAUGUGUUGUGAAUGGCCAUCCAAAUGGUAUGACAGUGAAAUUGGAACCUUCUUGUUCCGUCUAUGAUAUAUAUUGUGUUGCAAUAUGUUUGAACUGACUGUUUGCAUUUUUGUUAAACAUGAUACUAAGUGAUGGUUAAAAAUUACUUGUAUGGAUUUACCAAUGUAAAGGGGUCUGGCCAUGUAUUUGAUUAUGUCUACCCAUUUAUUUGGUUAAUGCAUACUAAAACCAGCUUAGUUUUUUGAAAUUAUAUUUUCUCUACUGACCCAGCUCUUUAAAAGUAACUGUUUCACCUGUUUGAAAUCAGUAACGGCUGACUGCUGAUGUACUGAAAUAAAAGAAGUGGAGAUUUGAAAAGAAUUGCUGUCCCAUUGGAUAGAAUAUGAUUUCAAACACUAGUUAUCAAUGUCCUUUUUCAAAUCAUUUUGUGUCUUUAAACACUUAUUCCAAAUGAUCAUCAGAUGUUUAGUUUUUGUUCUGAUUUGUCUCCACCAAUGUGAUUUAUUUACACAUUCUAAAACAGCAUUUUUGUUUUAAUAUAUGAAAUUGUUUAUUUAGUUGUUCACAUAGACAUAGUCAAUUUUAAGAAAGUUGCAUAAAUUAACAAUGAACUACGCUGACUGCCUGUGUAAAAGGAUGCUGACUCUGACUAGUUGAAUAAUUGAUAUGUGUUAAUAUUGAAUGAAUUUGCUAUGUGCAUUCGAUGAACAACUAGACAAGUCUUGAUAGUAGUUUUUGGUUGUUAAUUUAAAAUAUAUUCCUUGUUUUGGUGGGUAGUAUUAUGUCUUUAUUUUGAGCAAGAUGUUUUUACUGUUCCAGUCUUCAUUUCCAUCAACAAGAGUAAUGCACUAGUGAUUUCCUCUUCAAACAAUAAACAAAAAAAGAAUAUAGAAAACGUUUAAUGUAUUUAUUGUUAAACUCUUAUUCACAUGUCUUGCUCAUUAUGUUUCAUGUAUUUUGUUUUGGAUAAAAUUGUACAUUACUAAAA